AUGAAGGUGGCUGCUGCCCAUGUCGAAGGCGGAGAAGCUGCCACCACUCGCUCUCUAGUUGUGGACUGCGAUGACGAGCACAACGCGAAGCAAAAGCCCAACGUGGUGCUGGAUCCACGCGACAUUGUUGCAUAUGCACACCGUAUCGCGGGCACGACAUCAGCGCCCAAAGAGUGGCAACCUGGCAGUUCCCAAUGUUUGGAUUCAUGCCGCCAGCAUCACAAGAGCACAUGA